AUGCAGGAUUUUGAAAUCCAUGGUCAUGCAAUGCAGUUAGGAUGGGGACAGGAGAACAGAAAAGAGAAGUUUUCAAAUGCUUCCGGAGACUCUAGAGUCAUCGUUAAAGACCAAAAGCAUCUUAGUGGUAAGGUGGGGGGUUAACCUUCUAAAGCUAAGAGUAAAAAAGUUAGAAUUGAAAUUGUUUUUUUAUUCACAAAUUUCUUUGUCUUCUAGCACAAAUUUAUGAAGAAUUAGGGUUAAGAGAUAAAGGAAAUUGAGACAUUUAUUCAUAAUGAUGAAUAAUUAGAACGUUAAGGAUUUCAUCCACAGACUCAAAAGUUAGAACCUGCACCUUGUACAACAUGAUAAAACAGUACUACAGAAAAGUACUGCUCAUUAGCUUUCGUUUAAAUGGUCACACUUUAGGAUUUCAUCCACAGACUCAAAAGCUGGUGCUAAGUUACACUGUAUUGUUAUGUGUUACAAGCAAUGAUACGAAAUGUAUAAUGGAAUGAUUUCUUGCAACAAAUUUCUUACCUGUUUUCCUUAGGUGUUUGUGAAAAGCAAUGGGAAUGUCAUUUCUGACACAGUUUAUUCUGAUGCUGUAGCCCCUUCAUCAAAGUAAGCGCAACAAAUUAAGAGUGAUUUUGUGUCGUGCUUAUUCGUAUUAAUCAACAAUAAUAAUGCGCAUGGUAAAUGUUUGUACAGGAAGUCAUCAAAGAGAUGUUUAUCAAGGUGGGAUCAAGAAACACCAAAAAAGUAUCAAAGAACGAAGGAAUUAACAGAGCUGUAUCCACCACAAGGUGGUCCUAGCGAGGAAAGAUGUAUGUUAGAUGCGUGUAAACUGGCCUCAUUGUCUGACGAUCAACUCGAUCAUUCAAAGUCAGCAACAAAGUAAGUGAAGCCAAGAGUAUCAUACUUGUGGUGUUGUGUCGGGGGCGGGAAUACAAGAUUUGGUUUAUCAGCUGAGUUGGUAAGGUAGAUAGAUGGCCAUCGUAGGGGGAUUUAUAGUCUCCUUCGCAGCCGUUAUUAGGGUCGUCACUCGUCACGCAACGCUCCUCUCCACUAGGAGCGUUGCGUGACGAGUGACGACCCUAAUAACGGCUGCGAAGGAGACUAGGGGAUUUAGGGACUCGUUUUGAAAUCGGCUGCUAGACAAGAGUAUGGUAUUUUGGCAAAUAAAUGUCCUGUCUUUUAUCCAUUUUCGGUCAAAAGGGGUAGGGGUACUAAUUUAAAGAGAGCGGUUGUUUGAAGAAGGCGGCUUUUUUAGACACCUAAGCGAGACGACUGAGAUGACUAAUCACAUGCGAGUUCCCCCGCAGUUGCCUCGGAGCCAAGAGAAUGGGCAUUAUUUUUCCGGCCCUCUCCUUUCUUUCUCGCUGUUUUAAUAGAAGGGCUAUAACAAGUUUAGUUUCGUCAUUUCUCGACAGUGUACAGUAUAGCUAUGAAAAUAAUGACCAUCCAAACGUACAACACAAACAUAACGCUUACUACAGUCUCAGUCAAAAUUGUUGGGACCCUUAACUGUCCUUUUCCCCUGUGCAAGAUUUGGUGAAUUCACUGCGGUAAACAACAUUGAGAGGACGAGGAGACGGGCCAGAAGUAAAAAAAUAGCGUUAGGUGGAAGUGUCCCCAAUAUUUUUGUCUGAGACUGUAGUUCUUUUUUCCGUUCACUGUUGUUUACUUCAGCUCAAGGUUGUAUUGCUUGAAGUAGUAAGUAUUGUUGAUUGUUUUGUUUUCACAGUGAAAACGUCAGCUGUAAAAGGGAUGAGACUCCGAGAAGAGUUAUUCAGUGGCUUACACACGACCAAGGAAUGACACUGGUACAGACUGACUUGUUCGCCUUAGCUUGAUUAUUCUAGUUUGUUUUUUAUGUUUGUUUCGUUCACAAAGCUUUGCAGUUAAAUUAAAGUUCCUUAAUCUGAGAAUGUCCUAACCAGUUAAAGGUACGGUAAAAGAGGGAACAAAAACGUGCAACUUAUCUUUCAACAUUGCUGAAUAGCGAUGUUGCGCGUUUUACCACCCACAUAAAACAUGUCUUGCAACAAAUCAGGUUGUUGCAAGUUGCGAGAAUACUGACUUCUGGAUAUAAUUAUCCGGUAGCCUGUGAACAGCCUCUCUGUUUGGGGGAAAAUCGACCAAAGGCCUGUUCACAGGCUAAUUAUCCGGUAGUCACGCCAUAUACGAGCGUAUUGUCACUUGAUGCAAAACAGGUUUGCCUUGGGCUGGUAAAAAGGGCAAAAUGUACAGAUUUUCUUGCAAAAAAAAGUACUACUCUCUGCUUUUUGCAACAACUUUUCGCAACCUGGAAAAACCUGAUUUGUUAAAACCCGAGUGGUAAAACGCACCACAGCACUUUCCCUGUCGUUUCGCAGCAAUGUUGCAAAACAAACUGCACGUGUUUGUUGCCGUAGCCACCGAUUGCACGUUUGCACGUGUUUGGUUUUGCAAACUUAUCCAUUGUACGCUUGACGCUACGGCUUUCCCUUGCCCGCCACCUUUAAGGUGCUUUCCCAUGCUUGGCAACGAUUUUCGUGCUUUCCCAUGACUGUAUUUUUGAAUCUGCCAUAAGUGUGCGUGUUUGUAUGCAAGGACUUUCUCAACAACAGCCCCCAAACUUUCUCUUUUGCUGCAAGAUUGAUGUAGUUUAUAAGUAAGGUAGUAUUAUUGGUCGUCAAUGCGCAUGCACGGAAAUGAAAUUGACCCACUUAUUUUGCGUAGGGAAGGAAAAAAAACAAGGCAAGAGCAUUGUUUAGUAAUUCUGAGAGGUUCACCAAACUCUUUCUAUUUUGCAGUUGAAAACAGUUUGUUCAAAUCUUCGCGCCUUCGGUGUGCGAGGUCAUAUUGGAGUGUUUGGUCUUCAUUACGAAGCAGAUAACAGCCGACUCUACGUAGUGUGCGCCAAGCAUGUCACAGAAUCACAGUUGGUGAAUGAAUUCUCAGUAUUUGGCGCUGCUCAAGUUAAAUUGAAUAUCGACUUGAAUGGCUUGUCCAAGGUAUAUAUUUUUAGUAACUUUUGCUUUACCGAUGCUCAAUGGUUUCUCUCGUGUCGUUUGUCCAUUCUUACAUCGACCGAGGCAAAGGAUUUUUCCGAAGAUUUCUGAAUAAUUUUGAAGUUUUUCUAGCAGAGAUUGAAAUUGUUUUCAUUUUUGACCAACGCGUGAAGUUGUAGUGAUCCACGUACUAAAUAUUUUCCACAAAUUCUCAAAGUUCUGAUUCACUAACUUUACAGAUUAUUUGUAUCUUAGUCUACACAAAGAUGAUUGCUGUAAGUUAAGAUCUUCAGUAGCCCCAACUAUUAGAAUUCCUACUGAUGAAAGCAAACUUUUCAGGACAUGGCUGCCUGAGCUUUUAACCACCUACCUGCUAAGGUCAGGAAUAUAACGUUCCUUGUCAAUCUGUUUUUCUAUUUUAGGGUUGUGCCUUUGUUCAGUUUCCAAACGGAAAGUGUGCUGAAAAAGCCAUCAAAGAGCUUCAUGGAAAAGUAACUAAGCGACAUACACAAAGAUAAUGUCAAAAAAGAUGCCUUAUUAGUAAACCUUGUAAGUAGCCUGAGAAAACAGCCGACAUUUCGCGACGCCACCAAUGGUUACCCCGCCAGAUGAUGUCUGAGAAAAGAGAGCAGAAAUUCAAUACUGGUGACAUGUCAGAUCUGGGUAUUACUUCUGAUUGGUUGCACGAGAGAAAUUUGCCUCAUCCAAUCAGAAGCACUUUCCAGAUCCACGUCUGGGUAGUGGCACGUCUUCAAUAUAGAAUUUCUGCGCUCGUUCCUCGGAAGUCAUUUCGGCUCUCAGACGACAUUUCGGUGUCGUCGCAAAAUGUCGUCUGUUUUGCCCUGGGGACGAGGUUGGUCUAUUUCCCGGGCUACUCCGUGAGUAACGAUGAGAAUUAACCCCCAAAGGCUACUAAUCUCGAAAAACAGAAGACGCUGCUCGGGAAGUAGACUUCGAGCAGUCUCUCUUUUUCUUCAGAUUUAGUAAGAGGAGUGCACGCGCGCGAGCGUUGAGCGGCGAAGCCGCGAGACGCGAGAAACCAUGCGCGUGGUCAUUUGCGUGUCUCGGGCGAUUUGUUCGACGGACCAAGAAAAAAGAGAGACUGCUCGUAGUCUACUCGGGAAGCGAAAUUCGUGCCAACGUACUCACCGCUGCACUUGACGAACUUACUAGGGAGCUUAAGAAACAACGACGGCGACGGCAACAAGAACGGCAAAAAAGUAAUAGAUUGAAAAGGCAAAACAGCAACUUUGCACGUGAUCACGUUUUUUUGUACAUUUAUUUGCCGUCACUACACGACAACGACGUGAAACUGCCUAAUUUCACCUUUUGUGGAGGACGUAAACACAAGAAAACGACAAAAUAAUCAUAGUGGAAUAAGAGCAAUGAAUUUUGAAACAGCGUAAAUUCACUUUUUAUGGAGCGUUUUCGCCCCGUCUUUGUCGUCGUCGCUUAAACUCCCUACUGUUGACUACAAGCUGACACUACCUCUUUUGAUUGGCACUUUGGUGCGCUCGCAGAAACUACAUAGACUGCAAACAAGCUCUUCACUUUAUUGGGCGUAUCGUAACUUGCGAACAGGGCUUCGGGUAACGUGGUUGUGUGCUAAAAGGGGGUAUGUCGACUUCUCUUCGCGAGACGACUACAGGUCGUACAGCCCGUUAAAUACUCUCCCUCCAUCCUCCCCACAGCGAGCGCGAUUGGAGAGCUUGCUUACAGUCUACGCAAAAUACAAAGACAAUGCUUUCGUCAAGAACUCGGUAUUCCCCCUGUUUGAUAAAGAUAAAACUACUUUAUGGUCUCUCUUCGUUUCUCACAAACGAAUACUUCACCAUGCCUCGUGGUAUUUCAGGAAAAGUGUAACGUUUGUUAACAUUACAAUCGCGUCACGCAAUAUUUUCAUCACACUGACUGGAAACAGGGGGCGUGGUGUCAGUUUUAAAGCAAAAAAUAUAUGAGAUCCAUAUUUGCAAAAUUAGAAGUGAAUGUUACUCUGUUGGUCAGUGACUGUUGCAGAUGGAGUGGCUCCUAAAAUAAAAUAGCCUUUGUUGGUGCAAUACCGAGUUUCAAAUUGCGUUACAUUUGAUCAUACUUGCUCACCGCCUUGGUUCCUUCACUUAUGGCGUGCUUGGAAAGUUCUCCCGGCAGCAGCAGUUUGACAGCGGUCUGAAUUUCACGGGAGGAUAAAGUUGAUCUCUUGCUGUAGAGAGCCAGGCGUGAAGCUUCAAAGGCAAUGCGCUCGAAAAUGUCGUUGAUGAACGAGUUCAUGAUGCCCAUGGCUUUCCUGGAGAUGCCAGUGUCCGGAUAAACUUGCUUUAGUACUUUGUAAUUAUACAGACCGUAGCUUUCUCUGCGUUUUCUCUGCUUUCUCUUCUUCUUGUCGCUCGACGAAGUCUUUUCGUCGAUUUUCUUUGGGCUGUUCUGGUCUUCGUCCGUUGAAGAAGGCAUGAUAAGUAUCUGGGAGACCCGGGAGACAAGUGAAUAUGGAUGCUAAUCAGCCAUUCGCGCGCGUUGUUUUUGUACCGAUUUCAGCCCAGUAUGACAAAAAAAAGCGGAUCGAAAUCCUCGCAUUCUGAUUGGCCAACGCGAUCUUAGCAGUGGGGGAUUUUCUUUAAAAAGUACGCUAGACUUGCGCUACCCUUGUGCACCACAAGGGAACCACACGGGCACCCAACGACUUAUUUCUAUAAAAUAACUGUACGAAGGAGCAAAUAUUGCCUAAUUCUAAAGCUCAAGACAGGCCUAAAUUUCUGGAUGACUGAGUUAUUCAUCUAAUAUAUUCAGAGUUUUUCUACAAUUUUCGUUUUUUUUAUGCAUCUUUACAUCAGACAAGCAAAUUUCACUACCACCCCUCGUUUUGAAAUCGUACAUUUUCAUUUUGCUAACUUCCAAGGCAGUAUAGACAAAAUACCCAUUUGAAAAAAGAGUGCAAAUGCCCAAGAGUCUUGUCAGUGAAAUUGCUUGUCUUACGUAAAAAUGCAAAAGGAAGAUUGUUUUAAAUCUCUGGCCAUUUCAUUUCCAGCAAGAAGGUCCCAUGGAUUGAUAGGAAUGAUUUUUAUCAGAAGCAUAAAUUAUAUGCUUCUGUCCCUAUCCAUACAAUCACUCAAAAAUUAACACUUUUGUGAAUUACAGGUUGUUGGUGGUAUGCCCAUGAAAGUGAUGAUAGCUGAGCCAAAGGUUCGCAAAGGGUCAAGGACAAAGAAGAGCAGUUCACACAUGUGA